UGUUUGAUCCUCUCUUCUCUGAUCCUCCCCUUCUUCCAUGUCCCCCUCUCUUAUCUCCUGAUAAGACAUAUCAUGCAGAGUCACUCUGCACAUGCUCAGUUUGGUGUUUUUUUCUCUUGGGAGAGUGCAUGUGAUCAGUACAGGGCCAAUCAGUACUUUCCAGAGAGAGGUCAGGGGUUCUGCAUCCUCAUAGAGCAGAAUGAAAAUUCCUCCUACAAGCUUUAACCAGUGCUCUGCUGGGCACUGAUAGAAGUCACAAGACUGCUCUAAUUGCUGAUGAGAAAAGGUAUUUAGCAGUUUAUAGUAAUUAA